AUGGACGAUAAUUACCGAAAAUUACCGCGAAAAAACAAUUCCACGAGCUCCUUUAAGAAUGGCGUUCACUGCAGUCCGUUGGCUUUCUUCGACGACGACGACGACGACGACGAUGACCGAGACUUCAUCGAGACAAGCGUUUUCAGCGAACCGCGACACACUGAAGCAAUCGAAGGCCUCAAUCAGGAGUUGCCCGAUCAGAGUUGGCGCACUAAAAUAAAAACAACGAGCGUCGCCCUGGUGCUCUGCCUCAACGUGGGCACCGAUCCGCCGGAUGCCCCCAAGCCGGACGAGGCCGCCUUCCUCCAGUGCUGGAUCGACCCCUUUAGUCUGAAGCCGGAGACGGCGUCGAAGACCGUCGCCAUAAGGCUGGCCGAGCAGUACAAGCCCUGGCAGCCGCAAACUCGCAUCAAAGCCUGCGUCGACCCCACCGUGGAGGAUAUCAGCAAGCUGUGCAGCCGCCUGCGCAAGCAGAUGGCGCAAGAAGGAGAGGGGCGGGUGCUCUUCCACUACAACGGCCACGGCGUGCCCAGGCCCACGGCCGAGGGCGAGCUGUGGGCGUUUAACAGCAGCUUCACCCAGUACGUUCCCUUCAACUUUGUGGACCUGCUGAGGUGGAUGGGCGGCACGCCCUCCGUCUACGUCUUCGACUGCUCCAACGCGGGCACCAUCGUCGAGCAGGCCGCUGCCCAGUGCUCCAGCGGCGCCGCUAACCUCUUCCUGGGGGCCUGCAGCCGGGGCGAGUCGCUGCCGUUCCCUCCCGACCUGCCCGCCGACCUCUUCACCUCCUGCCUGACGACGCCGGUCCGCACCUUCCUGGUGUGGUUCACCCGACGGAAGGAACGCAAGCUGGCGCCCACCACCGCCGCCAUCACCGCCGAUCAACUGAUCGAGCACUGGAUCUGCACCAGUUCUCCUCCCGCCGACCACCGACAGUCCGUUUUCAGGGAGCUGAGCGGCAUCCUCAACGCCGUCACCGACGCCAUCGCCUGGGACACCCUCCCGGCGGAGCUCUUCCAGCGGCUCUUCCGCCAGGACCAACUGGUGGCCGGUCUCUACCGGAACUUCCUCCUGGCGCAGCGGAUCAUGGCCGCCUACAACUGCACGGCGGUCUCCAGUCCGGCCAUUCCCGCCGAAAAGACCGUUCACCACCCGCUGUGGAAGUCCUUGGACCUGGCCGUCGACGGCUGUCUGGUGCAGCUGGCAGCGAGGGAGCAGGCCAGCAAGGGCGUCACCACCCUGCCCCCAUCGACGCCCUACGUGCCCAGUCAGUUCUUCGCCGAUCAGCUGACUGCCUUUGAGGUGUGGCUCCGGCUGAGAAAACCUUCCGAUCUCUCUCCCCCACAGUUGCCUAUCAUCCUGCAGGUUCUCCUCAAUCGGACAAACCGCCUUCGAGGCUUUAAACUGCUGGCUGACUUUCUCAGUCUCGGCCCGUGGGCGGUCAAUUUGGCCCUGUCAUCGGGAAUCUUUGACUACGUACUUAAGCUGUUGCGAUUGGCAGACACCGAAGUGAAGCCGUUUCUUCUUUUAAUCUGGGCCAAAAUUCUGGCCAUUGAUGCGUCCUGCCAAGUUGAACUGGUUCGCGAAAACGCCCACACCUACUUCAUGGAGAUCCUCGCCGACUCGUACAUCAGCCCCGGCCACCAGAUCAGGGCCGCCUUUGUCCUCUCCGCCAUCGUCCGUCGCCACCCUCUAGCGCAGAACUUGAUGCUUCUGCCAAAAAGGAAAAACGGAAAGUCCUUCAUCGACAUUGCCUUGUCGUUGCUGUUGGAGCAACAUCAAGAAAAAGACCACCCCGACCUGCGAAAGUGGCUGCUAAUCUGCCUGGGCAACGUCUGGGAAAAUAAGGCCGAGGUGAGGAAGAAGAAGGUGAAAGAGGGGAACUGCAGCCUCGCCGAGCAGCUUUUCCCCUUCCUUGAGGACCCGGUGCCGGAAGUGAGAGCAGCGGCAGUCUACGCCCUGGGCACCUUUGUUAAUAGUAAUAGUAAUAGUAAUACAAUGGUGCCCAAAGAGCACCUCGACGAGGUCGAUUGCAUCGUCGCCUCGGCCCUCCUGAAGGAGCUCUUCUACGACAGCUCGCCGCUGGUGCGACGGGAGCUGCUGGUGGCGCUGCACGGGCUCAUCCGCCGCUACGAGAACCUCUUCAUCAGCAGCCUGAAGCGCAGCUACGAGGAGUUCGGUGAACUUCGCUACUAUCAGCAUCGAGAAUCGGCAUCAGUGCCGGUGGCGGAUGAAGCCCUCGAGUUGAUCACGCAUGUUUUCGGCCAGAAGGCGCUGAACGAGGACCAAGCUGACUCGCCUGCCAUCUCUUCCUCCUUCCCCACCUCUGCCAACAACGACAACGACGACAACAUCAUCACCAAAC